UUAUUAAAAUAAUGCCAAGAUUCUACUGGCUUUGAAUAAAAAUUCGUGGCAUGUCGGGAAAUAAUUCAUUUUCUUCAUCAAUCAAAGAUCAAGAAACGAACCCCAUAACGCGCGCAGACACCCAGUUGAGAGCUGUAUAUACUCCGAUUUAUGUACAGAUAAGAAGAAGAAGAAGAAGAAGAAGGGUAUUGGAGUAUUGUACAGAGCUGAUCUGAGCUCUCCUGUUCUCUAGGGGGUUUGAGGGGUUUGACUAGAUCUGUUCUUGUCAAGCCCACUGUGUAUAUUUCGAGCACAUCCCGCGUUUUUGCGACCUGGGGUUCAUUAAAUUUGCCGUUUGGAUUCAUGGGGGAUUGUAGAAAUGUGUGCAGUUGGAGUUGAUUUCAGCUCAGGCGGCGAAAAUGUGGAUCCUGUAAGCGAUUUUGGGUGGACCGAGGAAAAGGAUUAUUUUUUCUUGUUCUCCCAUUUGGUAUUGAUUGGUUCGAAGUGGGAAGUGGCUCCUCGAUUUAGGUCUUCAAUGCAUUGAUUCGACAUUGGAGGCUAAAGGUGUCGUUGAAGGCAUUUUGUUUUCAGCAGCAGUUUUGCUUGCUGCUCAGCUGAAACUGAGUUGACUGCGAAGCAGAAGGUCUAACAAGGUUGUUGAAAUUGUCAGUGUUCUGAGGCAGGACGUUCCGGUUUGUGAUCCCUGGAGAAAUUGGAGAAGAUUGGGGGAUUAUUUCUUCAAUCUUCAUUAUUCAGGCUCAGCUUGAUCAAUGCCACCGAAUUGAUUCUAUGCCAUUAAGGUUAAAUUUCUCUGGAGAGCUGCUGCCAAAAAAUUCAACUCCACGGGUUGUAUUUUUGUGCCAUCCUAAUGGGGUGUGAGUUAUCCAAAUUGGCCCCCUGUUGCUGGGGAUCACAAUUCAAGUCAUCAGUUCUUGAAGUGCCCGAUGUCGAUAAAGAAGAGAAGGUUGAAGACAAUGGGUUCCCUGCAUUUCGUGAAUUCACAUUCGAGCAACUCAAGAAUGCGACCUCGGGUUUCGCAGUAGAGAACAUUGUGUCGGAGCAUGGAGAGAAGGCUCCAAAUGUCGUUUACAAGGGCAAGUUAGAGAACCAGCAGAGGAUUGCUGUUAAACGCUUUAACAGAAAUGCAUGGCCCGAUGCAAGGCAGUUUCUGGAGGAGGCAAGAUCAGUUGGUCAGCUCCGUAACAGCAGAUUGGCGAAUUUGCUCGGUUGCUGUUGUGAAGGUGAAGAGAGAUUGCUUGUUGCAGAAUAUAUGCCCCAUGAAACACUGGCAAAGCAUCUUUUCCACUGGGACUCGCAACCUAUGAAAUGGGCUAUGAGGUUAAGGGUUGUGCUUCAUCUCGCACAAGCUUUAGACUACUGUAUUAGUAAAGGGAGGGCCCUGUAUCACGAUCUCAAUGCCUACAGAAUCUUAUUUGAUGAGGAUGCCAAUCCUAGACUUUCAAGCUUCGGCCUCAUGAAAAAUAGUCGGGACGGAAAGAGUUAUAGUACCAACCUAGCAUUUACUCCUCCCGAGUAUUUGAGAACAGGCAGAGUGACCCCAGAGAGUGUGAUAUACAGCUUUGGAACUCUUCUAUUGGACCUUAUUAGUGGGAAGCACAUACCGCCAAGUCAUGCCCUCGACUUAAUACGAGACAGAAAUCUUCAAAUGCUAACAGAUUCUUGCUUGGAAGGAGAAUUUUCUGACGAUGAUGGGACCGAGUUAGUACGGUUAGCUUCUCGAUGUUUGCAAUAUGAACCCCGGGAAAGGCCAAACCCAAAAUCACUGGUCUCCGCCUUGUCUCCUCUUCAGAAGGAAAUUGAUGUUCCUUCUCAUGUACUUAUGGGGAUUCCUAGCAGUGCUCAGUUAUCUCCUUUAAGUCCUCUUGGUGAGGCAUGUUGUAGAAAGGACUUGACUGCUAUACACGAAAUAAUAGAAAACAUCGGUUAUAAGGAUGACGAAGGAGUAGCGAAUGAGCUUUCCUUCCAAAUGUGGACAGACCAAAUGCAGGAAACACUAAAUAUCAAGAAAAAGGGUGAUAAUGCUUUCCGACAGAAAGAUUUCAGAGCUGCAAUUGGGAGCUACACUCAGUUUAUCGAUGUUGGGACCAUGAUAUCUCCGACAGUUUUUGCACGUCGAAGCUUGAGUUACCUGAUGAGUGAGAUGCCUCAGGAAGCUCUAAGUGAUGCAAUGCAAGCCCAAGUCAUCUCCCCCGUGUGGCACAUUGCAUCUUACCUUCAAAGUGUGGCCCUUGCGGCUCUUGGAAUGGAGAGUGAAGCACAGGCUGCUCUUAAAGAUGGCACCACUCUUGAGGCCAAGAAAAAUUCAGCAGCCCCUUAAAAGAGAAAUUGCUUGAUUGGUUCUUUGAGUAUAAAGGUCCUAAGCGGCACAGUUGAUUGCAAGGAAACAUUAUUUAGGUAAUUCAAUCCCAAAAUCUGAAUCAGGCUGCUCUUCAGAUUGUACAAACUUGGAAGCGCAACAUAGGGCUCAGAGGGCAUCAACUUUUGCUCCUUUGAGCAUGAAAGCGCGACUGAUUUUUUGGGCGGUUCCUCUCGAGUGUUAGUUAUUGUUUGUCAUGCGGUUUUAUGUCUCUUGUUUUGUAUUUAGUCUUUUCGGAUGGUUUUGGUUUGGCCAGAGGUGAUUUUGCGAACUGAGAAGACAAAAAGAAGAAAGAUUGUCGUCAAGAUUGUAAUUUGUGUACAGAUACAGUGCCCAAUUACUUUAUUCAUGUCCUCUAUAGGCAAUUUAAGAUGA